CAAGCGGACCUUCAGUAAGGCACGUGUGCGUCGAGCGGCCGGCGGGACCGGUCUCAGUGAUCUAGCGCGAGCCGAACGAGGUGUUCGCACGCAGCCAUGUCGCCCAAGUUGUUCACCCGCAAGCAGAUAGAGGAGCGAGACCGCAAAGACAACGCGGCCAUCAUCAUAGACAAUGUGGUCUACGAUGUGACCAAUUUCUUGGAAGAUCACCCCGGUGGUAUCGAAGUUCUGCUCAAUAACGCGGGCAAAGACGCUUCGAGGUGCUUCCACGACGUCGGCCACAGCGAGGACGCCAAAGCUUGGAGGGAGCAGUUUAAAAUUGGUGAAAUUGUUGAGGAAGAAAAGUGGGAGGUCAUAUCCCAAGACACGAACUUGGUGCAGAGCGCAGACGAGCUGACAUGGAGCGGCCUGCUGGACGUGUGGGGCCCGCCCCUCGCGCUCGCCGCCUUCGCCACAAUAGCAUACAUGUAUCUAUUCUAAUGUACUCUCAAGAAGUAGAAUAAUUCUAGAAUAUUUUCUCUCAAAAUGCUCAAUGAAUCAAUAAUUAAUAAGAAUGCAAUGACGUCAAUGCAAAUAAAUCGGUUAUUCGACGAAACUAUAGAAAUAAGGAAAAAAGAAGCGGUCGUGUAAUAGCCAGUGAACGUGCAAUAUACAUAUAUCAGUAUAGUCACCAAUAUACUUAACUCGACGUGAGUACUGACUGACCAUUAUUUUAUAGCUAAUAGGUAGGUAUUAUGUUUUAAUAAGUCUGUGAUGGGUAUUCAAUACUUUUAUAGUCAAAAUAUAGGUAAAUAUCUAAUAUCUGUUAUGGUUGGAAGCCGUCCGUAAAUUCAAAAAAAAUUUAAUUGUAUAAUAGAAGACGUAGGUACAUAAAACUAGGAAAUGUUUUAUCCAAAAACAGUUGUGUGCUUCAAAAAAUUGUGGAUGGUGGUUUCGUAUAUUAAUUUUAUGAAAUUGUUUAUUUUAUUAAAGGUUUUUUGUA